AUGGGCCGCAGACCAGCUCGAUGUUACCGGUACUGCAAAAACAAGCCGUAUCCAAAGUCUCGUUUCUGCUGUGGUGUUCCUGAUGCCAAGAUCCGCAUCUUUGACCUGGGUCGGAAGAAGGCAAAAGUGGAUGAGUUCCCACUCUGUGGUCACAUGGUGUCUGAUGAAUAUGAGCAGCUCUCCUCUGAAGCCCUGGAGGCCGCUAGAAUUUGUGCCAACAAGUAUAUGGUGAAGAGUUGUGGCAAAGACGGCUUUCAUAUUCGAGUGCGGCUUCAUCCCUUCCAUGUCAUCCGCAUCAACAAGAUGUUGUCCUGUGCUGGGGCUGACAGGCUCGACAGGUAUGCGAGGUGCCUUUGGAAAGCCCCAGGGCACAGUGGCCAGAGUCCAUAUUGGUCAAGUCAUCAUGUCCAUCCGCACCAAACUUCAGAAUAA